GUCACUUCCGGGCGCGGCGCGUGCCACUGAAAAGACCCAUCCAUGGAAGGCAAACCCUUGCUGACUUCCAAACAGAAGACGGAAGUGGUGUGUGGGGUCCCCACGCAGGUGGUCUGCACAUCCUUCAGCAGUCAUAUCCUGGUGGUGGUGACCCAGUUCGGGAAGAUGGGUACCCUGGUCUCCCUGGAGCCCAGCACCGUGGCUGGUGACAUCAGCAAGCCCGUGCUCACCACCAAAGUCCUUCUUGGGCAGGACGAGCCUCUCAUCCACGUCUUUGCAAAGAACCUGGUGACGUUUGUGUCUCAGGAGGCUGGAAACAGAGCAGUCCUCCUGGCCCUGGCCGUGAAGGACAGGAGUGUGGAGGGGCUGAAGGCCUUGAAGGAGGUGAUCCAGUCCUGCCAGGUGUGGUGACCCUGGAGCCAGCAGCCGCGCCUGCUACUCAGCGAGCCGAGGGGACACGCGGAUACCCUCUCGAUAUGGAAACACUCCCUCGGUUAGGCAGGAGGAGCAGCUCUGGCUUAACUCUAGAAGCCAGAGGAAAUAUGCACGUCCCAGGCAGACCUGUACUUUGGGCGCUAACAUACCCGCGGAUGGAGGAAAGCUGAGGAUUGUGUCUUGGGGGUUUGUGAACAGUUUUUACUAGGGUCCAAACAGCUGCAUGUAUUCGAGACUGAGAGAUGAGUCAUUAGGUUGGAGUCCUGGCUCUCCGUGUGCAGUAUCUGUCGUUGAAGGAAAUUUUUUUUAUUCACAAUAAAUGCCUAUCCCCAAAUAACUCACCAGCCUUCCUGGCAAUACUGAGAACUAGCGUCCCAGGUGCAAGGUUCAGCACACUAUGUGGAGGUGAGAGGAGACCUUGUUUGGCAAGGUUCACAUGCUCUACACACUUCUUUUGCUCCUCCUUCUCUGACUUCUCUGGACAGCUAUGAACUUCCAUUCCGCAAACAUCUCUUACUGUCCUGCUGCAUGACAGGUCCAGUGAGGUGCUGGCUUUGGGAUGGCUUUUGCCCCUGCAGACAGCAGCUUGGUCCCUCUGGGCUGGUCCUCAUCCCCCACUAGCCACAGUGGCGCGUUGCUGUCCAUGUUCCAUGUGACUGUGUGAGUCCACCACACAGAAUUGGAGACCAGAGAGGAUGCGGGCUCAGGGUCUGGAAGCUGGGGUCCCAGUGUAAAGAGCGGCGCCCAGUUAGCUUGGUCAGUGGAGCAUGCAACUCGAUCUCGGGGCUGUGCGUUCUGGCCCCACGGUGGACAUAGAGAUGACCUAAAAAUAAAAUCUUAAAAGAGA